AUGGCCUGCACCAAAGUUGCGGAGCAGCCAGCCCCACAGCAGUCCCAGCCCAUCUCCUCAGAAGCCUCCACCUCCAACGUCAAGGACCCUGCUAGGUGUCACCGAGGCUCAGCGGGGGUUGACCUGGAGUGCCUGGUGUGCCGGGAGCCCUACAGCUGCACCCGGCCACCCAAGGUGCUGGGCUGCCAGCACACCUUCUGUGCCAUCUGCCUGAAGCUCCUGCUGUGCGUGCAGGACAACACCUGGUCCAUCACCUGCCCACUGUGCCGCAAGGUCACUGCCAUCCCCGGAGGCCUCAUCUGCAGCCUGCGCGACCAGAAGGCGAUGAGGGGGCAACUGGUCCACCCUGUCCCCGAGGUGCAUCUCUGUCCUCUGGGACUGGCAGAUCCUGCCACCUUGGCAGCAGAGCACCCCAACUUGGUGGGAGAAGAUGGGCAGGAUGCAAUAAGUACCAACCGCAUCGCGGCCCGGCGCCUGGUGGCACACCUGUUCCUACUGAUCCUGCUCAUCAUUCUCAUCCUCCCCUUCGUCUACCCUGGCUUCAUCAGGUGGGUGCUGACCUUCAUCAUUGGACUGGCCCUGUUGAUGUCCACCCUCUUCUGUUGUUACUCUAGCAGCCAGGGCAGCUGCUGGCCCUGCUCCAGGAUUCUUUCCUGUAGGGAGAGGAAACACAGCCAGAUCUCUUCAAUUGCCUGA